GAAGGGGGCAUGCGCACUGCACGGUGCGCUCCUACGACGCACCGACUCCACCGCCGGGACGCAAAGUGCUCUUCUGCCUGUUUUGUAUUCACUAGUUUCUGUUCCAACCCGUCCUGUCGGUAAGGCGCCGCCAUGCCUGCAGCUCAGUUGAAGUGAAUCUGCUCAGCGCUCUGGAAAAGGUUCAUGUGUUACAGAGAGAAAGGGGACCUGUUGAUCGUCUGCUGGCUCUGCAAUGGAGGAGCCAUACAGACGUUUGUGACAUUUAGCAGACAACACAAAGAAAAGCGUGACUCCUGCGCCCUGUCAGGCACCAGAGGAGAGCAUGGAUACUCAGUGUGCCUUGGAAGCUGUGGAGAGACUGCAAGCCAAACUGAAGGAGAGGGGGGAGGCCCCCACUCAGGAGAAAUUGUCCCUGCUGAAGACUGUCCUACAGAGCCCACUGUUUCUGCACAUACUCAGCUUGCAGCAGGCUAAGCGCAAGCCCCCAGCAAAGGGGAAGGGGAUUUCCAAGUCGGUGUCCAUGAACUGUGGCCAGUGCCCAGACUUACCGCUGGGUUUGAAGGCGCUUAGCCACAGUGACUCAUACACAUGGGCUGUGGAGAACCAAAGGUCAUUUCAGAGAGAUGGCAGCAAUUCCUCUCUCUGCUCACAGGAGCUCUCCUUCUCAGACAUCUACCCAGAUGGCUCCACUCGCCCUGAGUCCCAGUACUGCACUCCUCCUCGGAUCUCACGCACCAUGUCGAUGGGGAGAAACCUUUCGGCUAUUGCACACGAGAGGCGUCACAUUGAGAUAAUAGAGCUGAGCAAUGAUGGGAAAGGCCUUGGCUUUGGCAUCGUAGGAGGACGCAGCACAGGAGUCAUGGUCAAGACCAUCCUCCCGGGAGGAGCAGCUGGGAGGGAUUGUCGCCUACGUGGUGGUGAUCAGAUCCUGCGGAUUGGAGAUACAGAUUUAGCUGGCAUGAGCAGCGAACAGGUGGCUCAGGUGCUGCGGAAUGCUGGUAGCAGAGUGAAACUCCUCAUAGCAAGAGAUGUUCCCAGAGACAAUCAUGUCUCCUCUCCUGUCCUCAAACAGGACAGCUUGGAUGGGAAGCUCAAUGACUUAAAUGAUGACUAUGAGUUUAGUGUCCAGUUCACUAAAAACAGCCGGGGUCUUGGAUUUACUAUCUCCAGCUACGUGGGAGACCUAAACUCGGUCUACAGUGCUGGUGUGGUGGUGAAGAGCAUAGUGAAAGGAAGCUCUGUGGAUCAAGAUGGAUGCAUGCGAGUUGGAGACAUCAUCUUGUCUGUAGAUGGGGCGAGCCUUCAGGGCUGCAGUGAGCAGCGAGCCAUGGAGGUGCUCAGGAGGACUGGUCCACUGGUCAGACUGAGGUUGCUGAGAAAAGCCGUCUGCCUGAGCCACAUCCUGCCCCCUGUUCCUCCUCUGCAGCCCCUCCGACACUCUCACAGUUUCCAUGAAGGCAAUCCGUACAGACCGAGUCUCAACAAGAUUCAAGAGACCAGUACUUUACACUCUAGCUCAAGAGGAAUCUGCACUCUGCGUGAAAUCUCCCGGCGAGCGGCAUAUGCCAGCAGACGACCUCGACACGAAUCCAGAGAUGGUGGGAAACUGACUCCAUCUGAAGAGGGGAACCUGAGGCAGAGGUGGCAGAAUGCAGUCGGACCCCGAUAUGAAGUCAUUGUGUGUCAGCUGGAGCGGUUCAGUGAGACCAGCGGCCUGGGCAUCAGUCUGGAGGCCCGUGCAGGACAUCACUAUCUGUGUUCUAUAUUACCUGAAGGCCCCAUUGGGCAAAGUGGCCAAAUCUUCAUCGGAGAUCAGAUAUUAGAGGUAAAUGGGAUCCCCCUAAUCGGAGAGACCCAUAAGGAGGUGGUCAAUAUUCUAAAGGAGCUACCGAUGCGGGUGUACCUUGUGUGCUCUCGUGUUGUGUCCCCUCCAAUUCGUGAUAGUGAUGAGGAAAAUGAUGAAGUCUGUCUCAGCCUGAAAGAGCUGCUGGCUGAGUUCAAUGACAAGCUGGACCAGGGCUGUGUCAUCCCCUGUCCUACAGCUGAGGACAUUACCAAGCGCGGCGUGCCCCCUAUGUCACCUCCUCUGGCAAUGUGGGAGAAAGACGCUCAGGUGGUUGAACUGGAAAAAGGCGAAUCGGGAUUGGGCUUCAGUAUCCUGGAUUACCAGGAUCCAGAAGACGCCUCAAAAACAGUCCUGAUAAUCCGGUCCUUGGUGCCCGGAGGUGUAGCAGACCUAGACGGUCGCCUGCUACCUGGUGACCGAUUAAUGUUUGUUAAUGAAGCUGACCUAGAAGGCUCCAGCUUGGAUUAUGCUGUGCAUGUCCUGAAGUCCACCGGCUACGGCCCCGUUCGCAUCGGUGUUGCGAAACCUCUGCCGCUGGAGCUGUGCGGUGGCUUGACACCCAUUGCUGAGAGGAGUGCACGGGCUUCGACCGAUGACGCGGACAGCCAGACUCAGAUCAGCCUGCUAGCAGAGCCAGCCGAGGCUAAUUUCAACAUCUCAACUUGGAAAUCAGAGGACAACUUCAGCCAGCAGUGUCACGCGGAAAACAAGCUGCGUCAUCGCUUCGGUGUCAUGGACAAUGAAAACGGGCAGCAUGCGCCACCUCUGCCCCCCCGUACAAGCUUUGAGAGGACAAUCACUGUUGUCCGGGGCAACCGUAGCCUUGGGAUGUCGGUGAGCGCUAUCAAAGACGGCACAGGCAUGCUGGUCCGGAGUUUGGUCCAAGGGGGCUCUGUUUGCCAGGACGGCAGACUGGGGGUGGGUGAUGUCAUCUUGGCCAUCAACGGAGCAGCCACCUCUAAUCUGACCAGCACCCAGGCCAGGGCCAUGCUACGCAGACACUCUGUCAUAGGGCCAGAGAUAAGUAUAACCUACGUUCCAGCUAAUCAGGUAGAUGAACACCGAAGUCGUCUCUGUUUGCCCCCUCUGGCAUCCAUCCCAACAGACAGUGCAUCUUCUUCACCCGUCUUACCAACACCUGAACCUGAGCCCGCAUCAGUCCCGGCCAGGCCCUCCAGUCCCCCGGCUUCAUCAACACUCAGACCAUCAGCUUCAGUCAAACAUAAACCAGCAGCACCUGAUUCAGCUGCAGUGAAGACCUCUGCUUCAUUUAAGACAUCGUAUCAAAGCCCGGCCAUGGUCCCCACCAUCAUCCUAGCGUCAGACACAAGUUGGCAAUUUCCGAAAUAUCCUCAAAAAAGUUUGGAGAAGGAAAACGAUGGUGACACGGUGAAGGAAAAAAGAGAGAAAGCGACUGUGGAUGUAAAAGUUCCAACGCCUGAUGUGCACAUAACAGUGGAUGGAAAGGAGGAGAACAAUAAAGAGUUUCAUUCGUGCACAACAAUGUCUUGGGAUCAACCUAGAAGAGUGCAGCUGACUCGAGCACCAGGCCAAUCCCUGGGUAUCAGCAUCAUGGGAGGCAGAGGAAUGGGGAGAAGGCUGAGCAGCGGGGAAAUGAUGAGGGGUGUCUUCAUCAAAAACAUCAGCCCCGACAGCCCAGCUGCUCAUAAUGGCACCCUCAGGAUUGGAGACAGGCUCCUGGAGGUAAGCGGCGUGGACCUCAGAGAUGCCAGCCAUGAGCAGGCAGUAGAAGCCAUCCGUCGGGCCGGAGACACUGUGGUCCUUGUGGUUCAAUCUGGACAAGCUGAAUCUCAGUCUCCUAAUCCCAUCAGUCAUGAAAGACUAUCUCCGACACCACUGUCCAACUCACACAACAACAAGGAAGCAGAAACUCCCAGCAGUCUGUUCCUUAGUCUCUCCCAUGCAAAUCCCUUCACUCCCACACCCUUUAAGGCACCUUCGCCGUCCUCCGAUAGAAUGGAUCGGAGAAGCCCCAUAAAUGUCACACCCCUAGUCGUAGCGGCAGCUGAAGACGGAGACAACACUAGCAGGAAGAAGAUGCUUCAGCGCUAUGGCAGCCUGUCAGGAAAGCUUCACAUGAUUGAGCUAGAGAAAGACCCUGCAGCUCAUGGUCUGGGAAUCAGCCUUACAGGCAACGAGGAAGGCUCCCGGGCUCGCAUGAGUGUCUACGUGGCGGAAAUAGACCCUCAUGGGCCUGCUGGCUUGGAUGGGAGGAUACAGGUUGGAGACGAACUACUGGAGAUCAAUGGUCAGAUCUUGUACGGCCGGAGUCACCAAAAUGCAUCCACCAUCAUCAACAAUGCCCCAUCUAAAGUCAAGAUUAUCCUCAUUAGAAACACACCAGGUCAGAUGGCGAAGGGAAUCAGACGAGGGAGCACGGACAGAGGGAAUUGUGAACCAGACACGGUGGAGGGUAAAGGACUAUCCAUAGGCCUUGAGCAUGUCGUCUUACCUCAGAAUCACGUGGGUCUUGGCCUUCACCUUGAUACAGAUGAGUCCAAAAAAGGGGUGGUGGUUAGGUCCAUAACUCAGCACAGCACUGCCAGUAAGGAUGGAAGGAUAAAAGUUGGAGACAGAAUUGUAGCAGUGGGUGAUGAACAUGUCACUGGAUUGUCAGUGGAAAAGGUGUCCAGUUUGAUAGUCAAACACCGGGUCACUGUCAAACCCUCCAUCAGUCAUUCCAAGAGUCUCUCUGCCUCUUCCCCUCUUCCUCCUUCCUCUCCGCUUCCAUCUUCUCUUUCCACUGAGUCAUCUGAAAUCCUCCAGGUCACUCCCGUUGGCUCUUCAUCUCUUGGUACCACGCGGACCUCUCCAGUAGAGCGUUCUGAUUGUUCACGCCCCCCUCUCGCAACUCCUCCUGACCCGCGGCGCUGCCCAGUUCUCCCUGGAAGUGAGACUACCAUUGAGAUCUGUAAAGAGAGUUUAGGCCUGGGCCUCAGCAUUGUGGGAGGAUGUGACACUCUGCUGGGGGCAGUAAUAAUCCAUGAAGUGAACGACGGCGGAGCAGCACAGAGAGAUGGAAGGCUGCAGGCUGGUGACCAAAUAUUAGAGGUGAAUGGCAUAGACCUGAGACAAGCGACGCACGACGAGGCCAUCGCGGUGCUGCGGCUCACCACACAGCGUGUUCAGCUGUGUGUCUUCAGGCACCAGGAGGCCUACAGGGAGGAGGACCUGUGGGACGUCUUCUGUCUGGAGCUCAUCCCUCGUCCUGGACAGGGGCUGGGACUCGCCACCGUGGGGAAGAGCAAUGACACGGGCAUAUUUGUGUCAGAAAUCAUCAGAGGAGGAGCAGCAAAUUCAGAUGGCAGGUUGAUGCAUGGCGACCAGAUUCUGUCAAUCAAUAGGGAAGAUGUUCGUGCAGCAUCUCAGGAGCACGUGCAGUUUCUGCUGCAGAGCUGUACAGCAGCAGUCCACCUGGAAGUGGCCCGUUUUAAAGCAGGGGUGCAGUACUCCCACAGAUGCCAGGAAUAUUUUAAGUUGUGUUUUAUCCAGAGCGAAGACUCCGACAGCUCCACUCCGACUCCCCUGAGUGGAUGUGAUGCAUCUGUUAAGCACCAGAGGGAGACAGACAACAAAACAGGAGGCAACUACCCUGACAUCAGAAAAGUAAAAAUCCAAAAGGGUUCAAGUGACAACCUGGGCAUUUGUUUAGCUGGAGGACUUGGCAGUCCCCAUGGCAACAUACCUCCUUUUAUUGCAACCAUGGAUGCCAAUGGACUGGCCGCUAAAACACGGGAAAUACAGACAGGAGACCAGAUCCUCUGCAUCAAUGAUGUGUCCACAGAGGGAAUGACUCAUGCUCAUGCUGAAGCCCUGCUGAAGAAUGCCACCGGAUCCAUCACUCUGCAGCUGGCAGCAGGUUUUAACGGAUGUAGCCCACAGGAUCCCAGCGGCGAGGAUGUCAGGUCAUCAGACCUAACCAGCAGCACGACCGGCUCUCACAACAACUUCUGUCCACGCGUGUACAGGACUAUCACUCUGGAGAGGGGCUCAUCGGGCCUGGGCUUCAGCAUCGUAGGGGGGUUUGGCAGUCCUCAUGGGGAUCUGCCAAUCUAUGUCAAAACUAUCUUCAGCAAGGGAGCAGCCAUCGAGGACGGCAGGUUGAAAGGGAGCGACCAGAUCAUUGCUGUGAACGAACACUGCCUGGAGGGAGUGACUCACGCUGAAGCUGUGGAUAUCCUGAAAAGGACCAAAGGAACUGUAGUCCUCACCGUGCUCUCCUGAGAUAAGGAUCUCUCUGACCAGUUUUGACUUGAUCUCAUCGAAAUGACGGUCUGGAUUUAGCUGCCACUGGUGGAACUGCUUCACACGAAGCCGAGGAGCCAGUCACGGUCGUGGAAGCAAGGAAGUAUAAGCACACAUAGAUCUAGUUUUGGGAAGCUCUAACUGCGAGCACAGCUUAGACAUAAUUCAUCAGCUUAAAUGAAACUUCAGACCAAAGUCAUGAACUUUGAUUAGAUCUGGUUUAUAAAACACAUAUUACAUAAUAACACGGAUGACACUAUGAUCAGGCUUUAGAACAAAAGCAGCUGUGCUGUAUUUGUGUGCAGUAGUGUCCUCAUUAUCACUGAUUCUUAUUAACGUGAAAAACAAAACAAGAAUAAUAUCACAUGUUCAGUAUUUACUCUGCCCAAUGACCUCUGUUCAGUCACAACAUGCCAAGUGCUUCUGCCAACGUUUUAUAUGGCAACACCAGAGUUAUUAUGAAGGCCUGUUUAACUUCCCUUCACUUUCUUUUACUCCAUUAAUUCCAAAAUGUGUCAUGAUUCCUCAAAAACAUAAACUUCUUACAUAAGGUCUGAUUAUUAGCAGUAAUAAUCAAAACCUGACUAAGACAUGUGUCGCAGCUCCUGAAAGCAGCUGUUAUUGUUAAUCAUGUGUAUUUAUAGUCUUCAGUCUGAACAGUUGUUUCUUAGGAUGACAAGAAAGUAUUGUUGUAGUGUAAUGUCUGGUUUUUGUUCAGAAACCUUCCUGAUUCUGUUUUUAUAUGAUUGCAUUUACACUCACACUGUUUUCUUCGCUGUGAUUUAUUUAAGCUGCUGCGGCUCUUACACUUGUGUGCUUUAUUUAGCGCAACAUAAUACUGUAUCAUCUAUUAAAUGUUCAUUUGUA